AUACUCUUACAUCCGGCACAUGCUCAGUGGGCUGCCAGCUUCGAGGAGGAGCGUAAAAAGUCAGUCUGAAAAUAUUUAUACAAUUACUUCCUUAUUUCUUUGUAUCGAGUGAUUAUUUUAUCAACGCCUAGAAUAAUGUCUGAAGCAUCUGGUCCUGCUAACCACCGAUUGAAGGCCUAUAAAAACAAGGCACUUGACACACAGGAAUUGCGCCGACGAAGAGAAGAAGAAGGCAUUCAGCUCCGAAAACAGAAACGAGAUGAACAUCUUAACAAGAGAAGAAAUGUUUCCCUUCCUGCUGAGAAUGAUGAUAUGACACUGGGGGAUGUACAAGAGCCAACUGUAUCCUCCACGGGAGGUAUCAGCCCUGAGAUGAUACAGGCCUUGUACAGUGAUAAGCUAGAAGAACAGGAAGCUGCAACACAAAAAUUUCGCAAAUUGUUAUCCAGAGAGCCAAACCCCCCCAUUGAUGAGGUAAUACAGACUGGCAUAAUCCCACGUUUUGUUGAAUUUCUUCAGAAAGAAACAAGCUGGACAUUACAGUUUGAAGCGGCAUGGGCCUUGACAAACAUUGCCUCUGGCACAUCAAUGCAGACUCGCAUCGUCAUCAAUGCUGGUGCUGUUCCGAUUUUCAUUCGUCUUCUUGGCUCAGAGAUUGAGGAUGUUCAAGAACAGGCGGUUUGGGCACUGGGCAACAUUGCAGGAGACAGUCCUGAGUGUCGGGACUAUGUGUUAAAUGAAAAUCUUGUUCCUCUUUUACAACUGUUGAGUAAAAACACGAGUCUUUCUAUGACAAGAAACGCUGUGUGGUGUCUCUCCAACCUCUGUAGAGGGAAAAACCCACCCCCAGACUUCAGCAAGGUGUCACCAGCUUUGCCAGUCUUAGCUCGAUUGCUGUUUCACACGGACAAAGAUGUGCUCGCUGAUGCAUGCUGGGCACUUUCCUACUUGUCAGAUGGACCCAAUGAAAAGAUUCAGGCUGUGAUAGACUCUGGAGUAUGCCGGCGACUUGUGGAACUCCUUAUGCAUAAUCAUCAGAGUGUGGUUGCUGCAGCUUUGAGGGUUGUGGGUAAUAUCGUCACUGGCGAUGACUGUCAGACACAGGUAAUUCUCAACUGCUCUGCACUACCCUGUCUUCUUCACUUGCUUAGCAGUAACAAGGAAUCCAUUCGUAAAGAGGCAUGCUGGACCAUCUCCAACAUCACUGCUGGAAACCGUAUGCAGAUACAGUGUGUGAUAGAUGCCAACAUUUUUCCUGUACUUAUUGACAUCCUUGGUAAAGCUGAAUUCAAAACUCGUAAAGAAGCAGCCUGGGCCAUCACCAAUGCUACAUCCGGUGGCUCUCCAGAACAGAUCCGGUUCCUGGUGGAACAAGGCUGCAUAGCACCGCUGUGUGACCUAUUGACAGUUAUGGACAGCAAGAUUGUGCAGGUGGCACUCAAUGGGCUAGAAAACAUCCUUCGCCUGGGCGAGCAGGAUGCUAAGCAGAAUAAUGGUGUUAACCCCUAUGUUGUGAUGAUAGAAGAAUGCUAUGGACUUGACAAGAUAGAGUUCCUACAGGGACAUGAAAACCGAGAAAUCUACCAGAAGUCUUUUGACAUCAUCGAACGCUUUUUUAGCAAUGAUGAAGAAGACAAAGUUAUUGCACCCCAAAUGAAUGAAGGAGCACAGCAGUACCAGUUCAGCACACCAGAAAAUGCUCCAAUGGGUGGAUUUCGGUUUUGAAGCUGAUGGCUACUAUAGGAUUGAAUGUUCAGGCCCUAAAGAGCAUAUUUGAAAGGAUUGUGACAAGCCAGACAGCACUGAUGGAGACCGUCUUGCCGGGACAUUUUCAUUUGACAGUCACCAAACAUUAUCUUCAGACUUGUGACAGAACUUCUUGAUUGAUUAUGAUAGAUGUUCUGUUUUAUGAACUAAAACUGUUCCUUUGGGACACCUCCCACCUAUGUCAACCAUAAAUGAAGCCUAUGCUUGGACAUAAAGGAUGCUAUACUUAUGGUCAGACUUCCCUUACAUGGGCAAAAACUCAUUUUCUUGCUUGCCAUGUUGGCAUUAUCUACUCACCCUACAUCCAACAGACACUUAUUGGCAGUUCCUGCAUUCUGAAGAUUUCUGCACGUCUCUGAGACCUGAGGAAUUAUCUGAUAGGAUUCGCUUGAAUGCCUCUGGCAAGUUCCUUCAUGAUCCAGCCGAUUGUUCCACUUUGAUCUUUGUGAAACUUUUCUCUUGCCUCAAGGCUAGGAUCUCAUCUCUUACUGCCAUGCAUAAAAUGCAGCCACGAACAAGCUCCAUCACCAGCAAAGACCCUCUGCCAACAGAACGGAAAUGUCAGGAAAGAAGAAAACAUUGUUCUUUCCAGUCAGAGCUACACAAGAUGAUGCACAGCCCAGAGACAGAUGGUUUGGUGUUGGCAGCAUAUCAUUCAAAGUGGGUUUAAAUUUUGUUAAAUCUUUUCAUUUUGUAAUCUGUUGAUCUGUCUCGAUUGUUGUCAUCUUUCUAUUUCUGCUUUCUUGUUCCUGGUGUAAUUUAAAAAGGAACAUUUAGAUAAGUGGAAGGAUGAUUCCGCUCAUGCUGUAUUUCAGCCAAAGCACACACAAAAAGAGGCCAGCCUCUAUGUUUCAGAAAAGGGACCGUGGGUCAGUUUAAAGGACUACAUUGCUGCAAAAAGCCUCACAUUUUUUUCAGAUAUAGUUCCUUAAGAAUUCUCUACAGUUCAUUAACACUUUGCAGGUAUAAAGAUUUUUCACAAGUCUUCAAGAUGAGUAGAGACUUUUCUCUCACUGUCUCUUGGAUUUUUUUUUUUUUUGUACCUACACUGUCUAGUCAGUGCAGCAACCUUUGAUUUGUUAAUACUUCUUUGAGAUGGUGGCUUCCAGAAACAUGCAAAAAAAAAAGAAGCUGAAUAGGUAUGGCAUAUAACAAGCUGUCAUCUCUCUUUUCGUAUUUUAAUUCCAAACUGCUAUAUUACUGUGAAACUGUCAUGUAACUAAUUUAUUUCCCCCUGUUAUAGACAUGAUGUAUAUUUCCUUGUUUCAUGUUAAUGCAUUUGCCGUCAUAUUUGAUUUAUCAUGUUCACAGUUGUAAGAUGCAUCUGAUAAUUACACAAAUCAUUUAUCUUGUAUGGAGUCUUUUCCUUGGCCUUUUUUAAACACUUUUGUAAAAAAUUUAUCAUUGUGCAUGAGAAUGCAUGGGCUUAGCUUACUACUUCUGUCAACAAUGUUUAUUUCAGUCUGUUGGGCUGGUGUAACUUGUUUGUUUGUACUUGUGUCAGUUGGGCAGUUUUUUCACAUAUUGCAAGAUGUUCUUCGUUUACCUUUUGGAGUCGUUGUGUGGGGUGGGUGGUCUAGAUUUGCAUAUGUACAUGGAUUGUGGUGAUGGCUUUAUUUCACAUUUGUGUUGUAUGGUUGUGUACUCAAGACCAGAGAUUUGUCAAAAGAAACAUUAGUUGCCCUUCCAUUUGUAUCAGUCCUUUAUUCUGUCUCUAGCUGAAGUAGUACUAGAGUUGGACAUUUGCUUAAAGUCAUAAGCAGCUAGACCACAUUAUCAUAGUAUGUGGUAGUCAGGCAUCAUACUUUAGCAACUAGUUCUGACUGUUCAAGACACAAAAGCAUCUUCACUUUGUAAAGUUUGCAAAGAAAUGCAUUUAGAUUGUUUUUUUUCCCCCAUCCAUCUUUUCAGUGAAGAUCAUAGCCAAAAAAAAAUUGUUGCUCUUAACCAAAGCUAAACAAUACCCUAAUCUUACAGUAUAAGUGCAGUUGCUGUAUGAAGAUGGUGCAGUCCAGUCCAACAAAAAUGGAUCGAUGGCUGCAAAAUCUAGCUUUUUUUAAAUGUAAAAUGUCUGCAGUUUAUUGGCUGUGUUUGGUAAGAACCAUCUUUGCAUAUUGAGAUUGAUCAAAUGCAAAUUCAUGCUUUUAAUGAAAGGAAACUUUUAAUUUCUGCUGUGUCAGUCUUAUGCCUGUAGUUUUUAGCCGACACCCUUUGGGAGAGGAUGGGCCAGUACUUCAGUGGUUAAGCACUUGUCACCAAUUUAGUGAGAACUGGGUGUUCUGUAUUCAUAUCUUGCCCUUGGCACAACAUUUGUUCUUUAGAUGUGGAACCUGUUUACAGGGCCAGCUUCUUUGCCCUGACAUCGCCUUAGCUGCUGGCUCAGCAUAAAACAGCAGUUUCUCCAAUCUUCCUUUGGGAGAGACUUUCUGUCCUAUAUAGCAAAUAACCUUUCUUCCAAUCUUUGUAAUUGUGCAAUGUGUAAAAUGUGUUGAUUAGCUUUGGUGAUGCGAUUUAUUGUGGUUAUAUGGCUUUCAACAUUUAAUUUUCAUUUACAAAUCCAAAUCACACUGAAUGUUUUGUACACUUUGGCUGUUUGAAAAAUGCCUUUCACUGAUGAGAGCAAACAUUUCAUUCUAAGACUUCCUUCAACAUUGAUUUACUCAGACUUACAGAAAAAAUACUGCUGGCAACUUUGUCAAGGUUGAGUUUACUUUUCCAGGCUUUGGCCUACUAAUUGCUGUAGGUCAGUUGCGUGUGCUAUGUUUUUUGUUUUGUUUUGUUUUGUUUUUUUGCUACAAGCAUUUUUUUCUUUACAAUAAUACAAUCUGCACUGUAAACCUAUUUUGGCAUUUAGACUCCAUCCAGUAGAUACCAGACCUUGCUUAUGCCAUUGUGGUUGUAUUUUGUGAAGGCUUGUUUUCUGCAUUUUUCUUUUCCAAAUUUCUUUCCAAUCUUAAAUUUAGUGACAGAUAAAAGUUAUUCUUGAAUUCAAGUAGUGCUGUAUAUAAAGGACCCUUUCAAUGAAUAAAGCCAGACAACUGAAGAAAAAGAGAACUUUGGAGUAAUGUACUUUUAGUGAGAGGAAAAUAGAUUUACUUUAUGCUGUACUUGUCCUUUAGGAAAAUUGAGUGUACCGUCAGUGGGCAGAUCCUUUGUUUUGUGUCAUUGCAAUACCAUCCUCAGUAGUCUUCAUUUGCUUUAUUAAACUGUUGAAGGCUUUUAUGUGUAUACUUUUUUAUUUGUGGGCUAGGGCUAAGUAACCAGAACGUGUAAUCCUACUUAAUCUCACCAUUACCAAUGACAGGUCUGGUGGGGGUUUUGUUGUUGUUUUAGUGAAUUAUAGUGUUGUAAUUGUUCCAUAUAAUUUUGAUAGUUGGUCUGGCGCAAGCACAAAGCACUGUGUACAUGUUUUUGAACUUGAAGACAAUCCUAUGAAGGUGAAGGUCAGCAUAGCUAUUGCGUCCAUAUCCAGGCUUGAGAAAAUCCUCGGCAUUGUUUGCUAAUGGUUUUUUUUUUCCAGUAACCAUAGUUGAGCUUUUCUUGAUUUGAUGUUCAGGACAGCCUAUAGCUUCUAUAUUAUGUGCAGCAGGCCACUGUCUUUAAGUUACCUUUGCUGCAUUUCAGUAUGUCAUACGUGCUUGAGGAUGCAUCCAUAAACUGAGCAUUAUCAAUGAGUCAGUGAGUAGUACCUGCCUGUAAAUGUUGAAGGGAAUUGUGUUGCAUCUUUUGUGUAUUAAUAUAUUAUCUGGAUGCUUUCCCACAUUAUCUUGGAAAUUCAUGGACAAAUACAUUUUUGACAAAACUGUUUUAAGAUCCUUUGCUUUUACAUCCGACCUUGGUGACAACUGUUAAAAUCUUUUGAUAAAAAAAUAAGCAGCAUGUCAUUAGUGUUCUUACUAGUUUGUGGCAUGCAUCAAUUUUGAGAAGGGUUUUUUUUUUAAUUACCAAGCCUACAGUUACCAAGAAUAAUAUGAUUGAUAGGUGGGGUAUCCAUAGUUUUGUUUUUUUUUUUGGGGGGUGGGGGUUGGAGGGGGUAAGUAACCAUGCUUGUGAUUACUGCCUAACCAUUGAAUGGUUCUUUGCACCAAAAUGAUUUGUACAUACUGCGUCCUAUUCUCAUAAUUGUAGGCUGCUUGAUUUUGAUAUGUUAUGGCUUAGCGAACAGAAAAGGGCAGGAAAAUGUAAAAUGUUAUUUACCUGUGUGGAAAAAUAUAUAUAUAAGUUUAGAAGAUUUUCAUUGGUCUUUUUUCGGUGUCGAUUUGUUCAGGAUUGCUGUUUUCUUUUUUUUCCUUGUAAAAAACUUUAUGUUUGUACAUAUUUUGUCCCUUCACAGUUUCAGUUGGAGUGUUGAUUUGUAUACCCAGGUUAAUGUAGAUGACCUGGAUCACAUUUAUCUAGCUGAAAUGUGGGUGAAGUGAAGAAGGGGUGGGAUGUUUAAUUUUUUGUGAAUGUGUUAAAUUGGAGAUUUCUUAUUCAUAUUGUGUGGUUUUUGUCCUUUGGUGAUUUAUACGGAUUUUGUUCAGAAAGCUAGAAAUGAGCAUAGUAUAAUGAGAUUUUGUUAAUAAGUGUUGUGUCUGUUGUCGUCCUUAUACUACUUGUGUGUUUUAGGCACAUCUGUACCCUCCUAGAACAAGACUGAAAAUGGAGCUAAACAAUUUUCUUAAAUUUAACACACACAAAAUUUUUUUUAGGUAAAUGUAAGUCAUACUAGAUAAAGAUUUGACAAUAAUGUCAAAGCGUAUGUGUUUCUUAGGUCAAGAAGUCUUUCUAAAGCAUUAAGAAAAGUGCAGAAUCUGCAUUUCUGUGAAAGAAAGAUGCAAGCCAGCAUUGGUUGAGAUGAGUUUGUCCAUAGAUUUUCGAUACCGGUAUACCUGCUGGACAUGACUAGUCAAACUGCCAGUUACUGAUGACUACUUAUGAUGGAAUGGUACCACUGGCUGGAACAGAGAGUUGUGAAUAAGAAAACAUUAUAACAUCUUGUACUGUAAUUAAUCCUGAAUUUUAUUUUUUAAAAACACAGAAAUGACUAGAACUUGUAUGAUAUUUCAAUCUCUGAUUUAACGUUUAUAAAGGGGUUGAAUACAGCAUACAAUGUGGGUCUAAUCGAUUUCAGGAGACUUUUGUUACUACAAUAAACAGAGGGUGCAGAGUGUGUAAGAUGUUUUUGGGUUUAGGUGUUUGUAAUUAGAUCAGCCGAAAUGAAUUUUUACAAAUUCUGUUUUAAUAUUGUUAUCAAGAAAUUGUAAUUGUUCAUAAUAAGUGUAUUAUUAUUGGCAGAUCUGUUUUAUCAUUUUUCAUACUUUUUGUUUUAUUUUUCACGACAAGACAUACAUUCAUUCACUCAUUCACUGCACACUGCUACAGUAUGCACUUAAUAAUGGUCAGAUAACUUGCAUACAGUAUGCACUUAAUGGUCAGAUAACUUGCAUACAUGCAACAUGUAUUCUUGGCCAUCUGUGUGGAAGGGAUGGCUAUGUGGGCGGCCAUCAUGCCAGCCCUAUGUCUGCUGAACAUUCACAUGUUAUCAUUCAUGUUACUUAAACUCACAUGAUUAACUUAUUGACAAGCACUCAUACUUUGUACAGGCAUACUUUGUACAUACUUUGUAGACACAACAUUGCGUGGUUGUGACUGGUCGUCCCUCCUUUCCACAUAGAUAGCCAAUACUUUGACGUGGGAUGGGGAAUCACUCUGUGGGCAUGACAUGCACAAUCGUGUCAACAGAGUUCUCAAACUUGAUUUGUUUCCUCUCUUCUUGAUACUAUUGAACCAAUCAUGCUGCAACCUUGUGGAUAUUUCUACAAGGGCUGAAUAGACUGGCUGAAGAAAACUGUUAAUGGUUCAUACCUCUACGAGGUCUGACAAAGAGACUACCUUGUUGAUUUUUUUUUUUUUUUUUUUAAGAAAUUACAUUCUUUUACAAAGAGUGGUGUGUUUUAAAAAAAGAUGCCAGCCUCUUCUGUCUUGUUUAAGUGAUAGUUGCAUCUCUGUCCUUUACACGCUGCCAUGGUUUGCCACAAGGGGCAGCGUGCAUUCCAUAGUCUUUGUGAUGGUGCUACAAUUCAGGGAUGCCACCUUCUCAUGCGUCUCAGCAUUUUUUUUUUUAAUCUUUGGUUGAGUGCCUGGGUAGAGAAGGGAUGGGGUCAGACCACGUAUAUACACUGAACCGAGGACAAACCCUGGCACUGGAUAUCUACAGAUUGUGAUAAAACUUUGCAAAGAAAAAAAUACAGAUGCCAAAAAUACUUUGCAUUAAAAAAAAUGCAUUCUGA